AUGGAACUUACUAGCCAGACACAAGACGAGUUGGACACUGUUAAGCAGACUACUGAUAUUCUCAUAGACGAUUUUGAGAAUGCCACCAUCGACUCCGAAAAAGUUGUUUUAAUUGGUUGUAGAUACUUAAUGACCAAAUAUUUAUGGUUAAUACUAUUUCUCUCCCUAUCGUACCUUGUAAUUAUGACAGUUCCAUCUCAAAAUAUCCAAAGAUUUUCGGGAUCAAAUAAUAAAUUUAAUUCGAGCGAGGAUCCAUCACUUUUCAUUCAUAUGACAGAUACACACGUAAGUUCUUCUAAACAAAACAACAACAUAAAUUACAAUAAUGCGUUAAAUUUUUCAAAAAGAUAUAACCAUACGGCAAUUGUUAACAGCGGAGAUCUUGUUGACGAUUGGACAUUUCCUGGUAAGACAAGUGCCUAUUUGGGCACAAGGAUUGCCAUUCAAAACGAAAACGACUACAAAUUAUUAAGAAAUUUCAAAGAAAACAGCAAAAUCGAUCCGAAAUACUUCAUUGAAGCAGCAGGAAACCAUGACAUGUUUAAUACAUACUCUCUUGAUAUAAGUUCUAACUUGUACAUGAAUUCAGUCGGAAUUUUUACCAACAAAACUAGUUCUGAAACAGAUUUUAUCAUUACAACAAGAAUUUACGAAAAUAUUGCAUUUCUUAUAGUUAAUCCUUAUGAUUUUCCUCGUUCAAGAGCUUUACUUGACAUAUUUAUCCAUCCUUCUAAGAAAAUUCUUGAUUUGAUUGAAGCAAAAAUUGUUGAAACAUUGAGAUUAAAUGAAAAGAAACAAAUAAUAAUUGUUACACAUUAUCCUGUUGGACAAUGGGGAGAAAGGAAGUCUUCCAAUGGUUUAUCAUUCAAAGAAAUGAUCAUUAAAUAUCAUAUUUCUGUUGUCUUAACAGGACAUUCGCAUCCAUAUGAAAUUCAGCCACAACAUCAUGAAUCUUCUCUUGAAAUAAUUUGUUCUGAUCUUGUUGGACACAGAAACAUUGGAAUAGUUACAAAUGACAAUGGAAAUAUCUUUUACCACAGCUAUAAAAUAUAUGAUAAUCCAUCAUUUGUUGUUACUUAUCCAAUAGAUUAUAAACAAAUAUCAAAAAUGUCAAUGUUUAGUUCAAAUCACAUCGAUGUCAGAGUUAUUGUUUUCUCUGAUUCAGAAAAUGAAACAUUACUUUGUGAUAGAUUGAAAAUGAAGUUUGAAAGACAUUUGAAACCAGGAAUGUCACUUUAUCAUGUUGAAAUGUUCUUUAAUAAUGGAUUUCAACAUGUUGAAGUUGUUCACGUAAAUUCAUCAACAAAAAACAUUGUGAAUUUCUUUGUUGGUGGACUUUCUCCUUAUAUGAAUGAAGUAAUUGGUGAUGAAAGGCAGAUCUACAAAUAUACACUAUACUUGCUAAUAUUAUUGUUUAUAAUCAUGCUUGUUGUUUUGAUUCCUUUCAAUAUAGAAAGAAGAUUUUCAUUUUUAGAAAAGUUUUAUAUCAGUUGCAUGGAAUACAUUGAAAACAAAGAGAAAGCACAUAGAAUAUUAGAUCAUUUGAAAUUCAUAUUAUUCGGUUUCUUGUUUAUCAGGUUCUAUCUUGUUAAAUAUAACAGAAAAGUUCUUUUAUAUCUUUUCCUUUUACUGGUUUCUCCAAUAAUUAUUCCAAUUGGUGUCACAGAUGUAGAAGGAAAUUACGGAGUUUUUGGAAUUCAUGGCACUAUCAUUAAAUGGAAAUCAUAUCCAACACAAUUUACAUAUGUAUUCUUCUUGUUACAUAUAGGAGUAGUUACAAUUCCAUAUACUUUUGUUUCAAUGAUGCUUUGCAAACCAAGGAGAUUUAAUAUUAUGUUUAUUGUUGAUGUUUUGUUUGCUCUAUUUUGCAUUGCUUUCACUGUAUAUUUCUCCAUAUAUAGUAUUUCUCAUGCAACUACUUUAGCACUUGCUAUAACAAACUUCUUAUUUGUUCUUGUUCCUUUUGUUUUCGUUGUUUUUGUUACUAAUAAAUAG